GAAAAGAAAAAAGAGAAACAAUGAAUUACAUAUUCUUAAUAUUUUUCAUUCAUUUAUCACCACAGUAUGCUGGGAAAUCUUUGAGAAGAGAUGACAAUUACCCAAAAACGUUUGAAGAUGUGAAAAAUGAGAUAGCUGGCUAUACUGAUAUUGCUAAAGCUAUUAUUGAUCUUUCUGUUUAUGGAAAAGCUCAGAACAGAUCAUAUGAAAGAUUAGCAGUUUUUGCUGAUACCAUAGGGCCUAGACUCAGCGGUUCAAAAAAUCUAGAUACAGCCAUCAAGUAUAUGUUCAGUGCCCUGCAGGAAGACGGGCUGGAAAACGUCCAUCUGGAGCCUGUGAAAGUACCACACUGGGAAAGAGGAGAAGAAUUUGCAAUGAUGCUGGAACCACGGAAUCACAGCAUUGCUAUUUUGGGACUUGGGAACAGUGUUGCAACUCCACCAGAAGGAAUUACAGCAGAAGUCAUAGUGGUGGCCUCUUUUGAUGAACUGCACAGAAGAGCUCAGGAGGCCAAGGGGAAGAUUAUUGUCUACAACGAACCUUUCAUCAGUUAUGGCAAAACUGUGCAAUACAGAUCACAGGGAGCAGUGGAAGCCGCUAAAGUUGGAGCAGUGGCAUCCCUCAUUAGAUCCAUUGCUUCUUUUUCUAUUCAUAGCCCACAUACUGGGUGGCAAAAUUACCAGCCUGAUGUGCCCCGGAUUCCCACUGCUUGCAUCUCUGUGGAAGAUGCUGAAAUGAUGUCACGGAUGUCUUUGCGGGGCACUAAGAUUGUUGUGCACCUGAAGAUGGGGGCCAAGACCUAUCCAGAUUCUCUUUCCUUUAACACCGUGGCAGAGAUAGUCGGAAGCAAGUACCCAGACCAGAUUGUAUUGGUCAGUGGACAUCUGGACAGCUGGGACGUUGGGCAGGGAGCUAUGGAUGAUGGUGGUGGAGCAUUUAUAUCAUGGGAAGCAUUAUCACUCAUUAAGGAUCUGGGACUUCGUCCAAAAAGGACUCUGCGCUUGGUGCUGUGGACGGCAGAAGAGCAAGGAGGAGUAGGUGCUGAGCAAUACUAUCAGUUGCACAAG